AUGAUUACUAAAACUAUCGCAAUCUAAUCCUAAGAAACGCAAUUUAUUGAAAAAAAGAAAUAAGAAGGCUUCACUGUAAAAAUUAAAAUAACCAAAAAGUUUUCUUAAAUCACAUACAAAAUAACAUCAUACAUCAUUUUGUAACUUCUAUGA